CGAUCAAGUAGUCGAACGUCUAUCAAAAAAAUUAAUUUCAUGUAAAAAUUGUUAAGAACGUUAACGUUAUUAUACCUAAACCAAAUUCAAUGUAAAUACAAAAGUGAAAAUGCUAUGAAGCACGCAAAUUGUGGCUGUUGUUACCAAAACCUCGAUUAUCCGAGGUUUGCAAGAUCUAGCACUUACUCUGCUAAACAAUUACUAGCAAGAGGGUCCAAACUGUGCGAUGAAGUCUCCGAAAUGGAUGCUCAACUAACUUCACAGUCUAAUUUCUAUAGUGAAUCUAUUGAAAAACCUACCUCAACUGAACCUUCAACUGGUACAACUAUAUUAACCGACUCCGAUGAAGUGCCUAAAGUGUUCGUUCAACCCAAAUCAUAUGAAGAACAUCUACCUAACAGUGAUAGUCAGAAAUGUACUUCAUUCAUACAAAAAAUCGUGGACAAUGCCAAAACGAUGCUUGGUACUAGGUGUUCUGCUUUACACCCUUCUUCCGGUAGCGAAGAACCUACUAGGGAAACAGAUAAUUGUCAGUAUGACUCCAAUGCGACAACAUUCAAUAGUUCAAGACAAGACGAAUCUAAGAGUUUUCCAAAAUAUACUCCAAGUGACUACUGCCUUUGCGAUGCAGACAAUCAAGACAGUAGCAGUAAGCUUGAUGUGACAACGACAGCUGAAACUUUACCAAAAGAAGUUUCUAGAGAAGAAACUUUGGCUUCCAGUAACAAAACCUUCCAAAUAGAUCGAGCAGCAUUAGAAAGCGUCCAUUCUAGUAAUACCAACACACCUUACUUUUAUUCAAACGCUACAUCUAAAGAUGUAUUGGAAAAUAUUGCGAAACUACAUAAAGAAUUGAAAUGCGAUUAUAGUAUUAGAGAUUCACAUAUCGAUAAUUCUGUUAAAUACUUUAAAGAAACGUCUGAUGAACUUGAUUCACAUAGCUGCCAUUUAAAUAAGGACGACAGUAUUUAUAUACAAGUUAGUAAUCCAGAUAAAUUAGUGAAAGAUGAUGGUGAAUGCGGUCCAGCUUGUCCCAAGAACAGUGCUUGUUCGGAAGAGGUUAAUGUCAAUUUAGAAAAAGCUGAUACGGGUAGGAGAAUGUUCUCUCUGUUGGACACGACAUGGCUCAAUCCGUUUCGAAGAGAUCAAUCGAAAAAAUCGGAUAUGACCAAUAAAACCAAAUUAGAAACGAGGUCUAAUAUCGACAAUUUGAAUAUUCCAUGUAGAGAUGUUACUUGCUACAGAUUAGAUGGAGAGUUAAGAGCAAAUUCUGCGGAACCUUGUAAAAGAGAACAAACAAUACAUUGUCAUUCAAACGAAGAUUGUCCGAUAUCAAGACAUAUUUCGAGAUCGGAUGCGGAGAACAUUGUCGCUGAUACGAACAGAACCAAAGCUAAAUCGUGCGAUCCGACUUGUAAAGUAUGUGCAAGGAAAAAAUUGGAAGCUUUGAAUAAAAUUUUGGUGUCGGCAAGUUGCAGUGCAAAUUCUCCCUGCAUUGACACUGGUACGACAAUCUCGUAUCAUCGUUGCGAUCCCAAGUGUCCAUUUUGCUCGCAUCCGAAUAAUGAAGAUCGAAGACAUUCUUCCAAAAAUGAAGCAAAUGUUGCCAGACACCAAGCCCACGGUGAAACAGAAAGACCUCCCAUUGUUAACGCCAGUGUUGGAUCAGCUAAAGUGAGAACUGUUGUGUUCGAUAUUAUCGACAAAGGUACAGGUGUGGAUUCGCCUACUAUUGAACAUUCCCCUUCAAAAGAAAAUACUCCUGCAAGAUUUAUCGAAGAAACUCCAAGUAAUUACAAGCCUUUAGUGAUAUUGGACGAUGUUUGUGGUCAGAAUUCUUUGAAAAAUGUUUCUAGUCCAGAUUCACAACAGGAGUCUCCUUGUAAUAGUUUGUCUUGUCAACUAUCAUAUACAAGCAUCAAACAAUCCAAAUUAUCCUGUAAGGUAUCCUGUCCAUCUAUAACUAUCGAUAAUAUCAAAUACCACAAGAAAUCAUUAGACAAAAAAGAGUGUGUUACUCGUAAUGAUACGUAUCCGCCAAUAAAACGAGUGAGAUCUUAUCACGAUAAAAAAGACGAGAAUAAUCAAUGCGCUUUUAUUGGUUCACCGUUUUUACUUGCGUCAAAUGUUAAAGGUACUAGUAGACCAUCAGUUGUUUCUAACCCAGCCGAUGGAGUAUACUGCCCAAAUGAUAAAGAUAGAAUAAAUGAUCCUUAUAAAGAUGGAGAAUUUGACAGGACAAAAGUAAAAGAAACAGAUUUCUUUAUAUACAACAACAGAUUAGGUAGCCAAGUUUCUCAACACCAAUCUAGAUAUAUAGACAGAAGGAAUGAGCUUUAUGGUAGAUACGACGGUUAUUUAGGUGGUAGUCAAUUCGGCGGAUUAUCCAUCAUAGAUGAUCAAUUGGAAAGAGUUGCAAGAGAACUGAAGACAGAAAAUAAAGUUUUAAAGAGCGAAUUAUUGGAAAUGAAACUAGAGUUGAAACACGCUCUCGAGAAAGUCGAAGGACCAAUGAGGAGUAAGUUGGAAGCGGAAAAAAGUCGUUGUGAACAACUUCAGCAGGAAUUACAAAAAGCUUCUUUUGAUAUGAAGCUUUCUCAUGAUACUUUUAUUAAGGAAAGUGAAGAUUUGAAAAAGCAAUUGUCGUAUGCUUGCUCCAAUAAAAAUCAUUUAGAAGCCAUCAAUAGGAGAUUACGAGAUGAGAUGGUUGUCCUGGAUGAGUUGUGCGGUAAACUGGAAGAAGAUUUGGUCAAUCAAAAGUUAAAUGAAGCCGAAACUUUAAAAAGAUUGACGAGAAGACAUACUGGAUUCAAUGAAAUAGGCGUUCCAAAUUUAUCAGAUGGUAAACUAGAGAGAGAUUUUGUUAAUAAUAAAUUUAGUGAUCCAGAGAACGUGAAAGUACUAACAAGAAAAAACGCAGGGGAUAUUAAAUCCGCUACAGAUACACUGAAUGAGUCUAAUUUAAAUAUAAUAGCAAGAAAACUCAGUCGAACAAUUAAAGAAACAGAACCGUGUACGGAUUGUUCCAUUUUGCCAAUGGAAUUAACAGGUGCCGUCAAAAUUAUUAAAGAUUUGACGGAUAUGGUGGAGAAAAGGAAAGCGGAAAAAUUGUCACUGUACGCUUUUUCUUCGAGCAGAACAAAUUGUUCGUGUCAAUCACCACCAUGUACCGAAGAAACUGCUUGUCAGUGUUUGGCUAUCAAGGAUGUAGGAGUGGUCGUUUCGAAGGCAUUACUUCCUUAUUCACAUAUAUUGCCCAAUGAGGAAAACAACGCCACAGAAACACUAUAUUCCGUCCCAAAAACAUUCGUCAUAGAAGAUCAAAGUAGUAAAAACAUCGUACAAGAUGUACGUCAACGAUCAAACUCUCCAUCUGUAUAUCGAGAAGAUCAUAUUUGUACCGAUAAACCAUCGAUGAAAAACCAAUACACAGAUCCUAAAACUGCAGAUAAAAAAAUCAAUUAUGACCCACCCAGAUUCGCAAUUAUACCAUCGAUGGUUGAUAAAGGAAUUAAUUACGAAACGUUCGAAUCGUAUAAUCGAAUAUUUAGAGACCCUACUGACAACGUAUUAACAUGUUAUAUGGUCAAGACUCCUGUGUGUCCAGCUAAAUCUGAAGAUACGGCAUCAAAAGAUAAGACUACAACCAAUAAUACUUCCAAUUGUAAAGACAUUGAGCACCCCCCUUGUGAAGAUCAGGAUAUACCUUGUGUAAAAGAGGUGAAAAGUAAAUAUAUUUCUUGUGAACAAUUUGAAGUGUCGCCUUGUCGGAACUUAGAAGUACCGCCUUGUUCAGAUAUUGGAAAACCUUGUUUUAAAGACAAAAAGCAAGAUUUCCAACCUGAAUCAUCAACUCCUCAAGAUAAUACUCAGCAAAAGCCCAUGAAAUUCUCAACAUGCGACGAAGAAGCCUCUCCACCCUGUGAAUCGUAUGAAAAACCAUGUACGAAAGGUGAAGUAUGUGAACCGAAAGCUAGCGUGUCAGGAUCAAAAUCACCAUGCUGGAAAAUAGGGAUACCCUGUUCCAACAAAACUAUGGAAAAGCCAGAUCAGCCUAAAGAGCUGUUGGUUGAAGAUCUUGGUUUGAGCGGAGAUAAAGAAGAAUCAGAACCGUUGAGUAAUACAUAUGUAGAAAGUUUACAAUCAUCUACAGAACCCAAAACUACUCAGCAAAAGCUCAUGAAAUUCCCAACAUGCAGUGAAGAAGACUCUCCACCUUGUGAAUCGUAUGAAAAACCAUGUACGAGAGGUGAAAUAUGUGAACCGAAAGCUAGCGUGUCAGGAUCAAAAUCACCAUGCUGGAAAAUAGGGAUACCUUGUUCCAGCAAAACUAUGGGAAAGCCAGAUCAGCCUAAAGAGCUGUUGGUUGAAGAUCUUGGUUUGAGCGGAGAUAAAGAAGAAUCAGAGCCGUUGAGUAAUACAUAUGUAGAAAGUUUACAAUCAUCUACAGAACCCAAAACUACUCAGCAAAAGCUCAUGAAAUUCCCAACAUGCAGUGAAGAAGACUCUCCACCUUGUGAACCGUAUGAAAAACCAUGUACGAGAGGUGAAAUAUGUGAACCGAAAGCUAGCGUGUCAGGAUCAAAAUCACCAUGCUGGAAAAUAGGGAUACCCUGUUCCAGCAAAACUAGGGAAAAGCCAGAUAAGCCUAAAGAGCUGUUGGUUGAAGAUCUUGGUUUGAGCGGAGAUAAAGAAGAAUCAGAACCGUUGAGUAGUACAUAUGGAGAGAGUUUACCAUCAUCUACAGAACCCAAAACUAGAAGUACUUGCAUAGGUCUUGAUAAUCCUCCUUGUGCAGAUGAAGGAACCCCUUGCGUGGAAAAAAAUGAGAGCAAAGUACUCAAACAGAAACCAUCAUCUCCGUGUGCGCCGUUUGGAGAACCAUGCGUUAAGAAAAAAAAGAGUUCCUUUGAUCCAAAAUCGAAUAAUAAAUAUAUGAAAGCUGGAGAUAAAGAAAAUUUUGAUUGUAUACCAUGCAGCGCAGAUGGUCCUUGUUCUAUUAUUGGAAGACCAUGCGCGAUUAAUGAGCAGACUGGAAAAUUCAAUCAGAUGAGUGGUGAGAGCGGUCCUGGUAUUUCGUUAGGUAAACCAUUCGACGCAUUCGCUCAGACGAUAGAAACCACUGAUAAAAUGACAGGAAUAGAUCCAGCUCUAAAUGUUCGAAUGGGAAGUCCGGAUGCCGAAAAGUUAUAUACAGGUGAGCAUAAAGAAACGCGUACGGACAAUCUGGAUGAUGAACUUAAAACAGAUAUGCAUCUGAUUACCACAACUGUUAAAGAAGGAAACUUAGAAGUAAAGACACAAGGACCUUCGGGUGUUAUCGAAACUACUUUGAAUUAUCUUCCUGACGGAGAUUUAGAAGUUCAAACUCACAUAAAUGAAUUAGAUGGAAGAUCGGGAAGAAUCGAAGGGCAAGUAUUGAAUCCCGCAACGGCUUCGUCUUCCAGAGGAACAUCUGAUUUGGAGACAAGUAGUUAUAUCAUUUAUCCUAGUUCACGAUAUCCUUAUACCCAAACAGACAAAUUGUUGGCAGUUUUUCAAUGUCCACAAACAGGAGAUUCUUGCGCAGGAGCUUUUAACACCCCUACAAGCUUAGCUAAACCCAUACUGCAAUCUGCAACUACACAAGGGGCUUAUCCCCGCGAUACCGGAAUUACGACCGAUGUACCGGAAGUAUCCCAAAAAGGAACUCGAACGAUAAUUGAGACCAAGUCAGCGGCAGCUUGUGAUUGUAUAGAUCAGUUGGAGAAAACUACUUCCCAUACAAUAAAGCAGAAAGAUGCAACAGCUAUCCCUUUCAGCGUUACUACAAAAGAAACUCCAGUUAGUUUUGAAGAUUUGUCAGUGACAAGUCCUCAACAGACUAGCGAAGUUCAACUAACUUCGAAAUCUGUAGGUGACGACGAUACUAAAGCUACUAUAGCCAGCUCUACUCUUCCCGUAGAAACGGUUUGUAAAGCUGAAUGCACUUUGGAUCUUCGAUCUGAGCAAGAAGUCACAACCGAAAACGAAGCCACUAGUGAUCAAGAAACGUUUACCGAUACCACUUCAAAAGAACAAUCUGGUACUAGUCCAGAAGAGAAACAGAAGAAAGAAGCAGCUGUGACUGUUAAGCCAUCUAAAGCAGAUAAACAAGAAUCGCAGAUUGCCGCUUCAAGUCAAAACGCUGACUGUGGAUGUCAGUCGACAGUUUUCCCAGCAGAUCAGUCAUGUCAAUGUUGUGAAUGUAAAGAAAUUGGAGUCUCUACAGAAUAUUCAGAAAACAUUCCGGAAACCAUGAUACAAGAUAAAUUUUCAGUGAAAAGUAUAAAAGACAAAAUCCCAGAUUCUCUCCCAGCAACUCAACCAGUUGGUUCUAUAGUACGUUCAGAUGGAAGCAUUCUCAGGCCAGAUGGUAUUGCAAGUCAAGGAGAUGGUAGAAAAGAUGAAAGUAUUUUGCAACCUGAAGAAGUUUUAAAAAUUUCUAGCUUCAGAGCAGGUAGCUCGACUAUUAAACCUGGCAGUUUCUUAGGACCCGAUGGAACAAUUCAACCUAUAGUACAGCCAGAUGGAAGUACCCUCAGACCAGAGGGUAGCAUAAAAGAAGGAAUUAUAUUGAGUGAACAUGGAGAAAUUUUGGAAAGUUCCAGCAUUAAACCAGAUGUCUCGACUGUGCAACCUGGCAGUGUUUUAGGUCCUGAUGAAACAAUUCAACCAGUAGGUCCAGAUGGAAGUAUUACCAGACCAGAUGGAAUAAUAAAACGAUCGGAUGGCUCAAUUACGACAAAAGAUGGAACAAUAUUUCCAAAAGGAAGUACUUUUCAGCCGGAUGGAACGGUAUUAAGUGAGCAUGGAGAAGUUUUAAAAAGCUCUAGUAUGAAACCAGAUAGCUCUACCGUUAAACCUAGUAGUGUUUCGGGUUUUGAUGAAACAAUUCAACCAGUUGCCACUGUAAUACGUCCAGAUGAAAGUAAUAUCAGACCAGAUAUUAUUAUAAAACCAUCAGAUGCGCAAAGCUACAGUCCAGAUGAAAGUACUCUCAGACCAGAUGCUAUUAUAAAACAAUCAGUUGGUACAAAAGAUGAAAUGGUCGUUCCAAAAGGAAGUGCUGUACAGCCGAGUGGAACGGUAUUAAGUAAACACGAAAAAAUUUUGAAAACCUCUAGUAUGAAACCAGAUGGUUCAGUUGUUCAACCUGAUGAAACAAUCGUCACAAAAGAUGAACCCGUCAUACCGACUGGAAGCGUUUUUCUUGGAGCAACUGAUAUAAAUUCGUUCGAAAAAACCCAAAAAGGAAUCGAUGAGUCUCACCCUGUGGAAAGUAUUGUAAAGCCCGAUGGUGUUUUACUACCAGAUGGAACACUAAUUUCAACUGAUGGAACUAUUCAUACGAAAGGAAGUAAGAUACCAGCUGAUGGUCCAAUAGUAGCCCCAGAUAGUGGUGUGUAUCCAAUAGGUAGUAUUAUUCAACCUGAUGGAAGUGUCUUACGACCAGAUGGUAGUGUGGUUUCACCAGACGGUAAAAUUUUACGAUCUGGUUUUGAAGUUAUAAGUAAAACAUCAAGUAAAAAGCCAGAAGUACAGCCAGAUGGAACGAUUAUAGCAGCAGACGGCACUAUUCAACCUAUAGGAAGUAUAUUAAGUAAAGAUGGUAAUAUUAUAAGACCAGAUGGAUCGGUUAUACGUCCGGACGGAAGUAUGGUGAAACCAGACGGAGCUAUUGUACGAGCUGAUGGAAGCAUAAUAAAACCAGAUGGAUCAGUUGUAGCACCAGAUGGUACUGUACAUCCUAUAGGUAGUAUAGUGCGAGAAGACGGAAGCGUUAUGAGACCAGAUGGAUCUAUAGUACAUAAAGAAGGAACUGUUUUAAGAUCUGAUGGAACAAUAGUGACUGCAGACGGAAAAGUUCAACCUUCAGGAAGUAGAAUACGUGAAGAUGGAAGCAUUCAACAUCCAGACGGAACAAUGAUACGCCCAGAAGUGAGCGUUGAACGUGCAGAUCGUAAAGAAGAAACACCUGGUGCAAGUAUCCAUCUAAAAGAAAGUAUUAGUCGUCUAGGUGAUACUAUAAUACAUCCAGAGGCAGUACCUUCAGAAGGUCGAUACGUGAAAAGUUCGGAACGACUUAUAAGAACAAUUGAAAGUAUCCAGCCAGAAGGAACGGCUCGUCCAGAUGCACCGAUCGAGAAAUAUGACAGUACUGAAGGCAGUGCAAAAGUGAAAAUUGAAAAAGGAAGUAAAGAAUCUAAGAGAGGGUCUUCGGAAGUACCUGAUUUAGUAUCUAAAUUAUCUUCGAAAGCUAUGCCAUCAUCCGCGGAAAUUUUAGACGCUACGCGACCUAGAAAAAAACGUUCUUCCAAAUUGGAAAUCAGUCCUUGUACAUGCGCUGGACCAUGCAACUGUAUCAUUUGCACUUCGGAAAUUAUGGAAAAACGAAAACAAAUAACAAGCAACUUAGAGCCUGAAAUUUCAAAUACUAAACUAUGUAGUUGUCGUGGAAAUCCGAAUAAAAAGCAGCGCGAAGGGGAGGCAGUGAAACCAACACAAGCUUAUACUUUUACCUCUCAAACAGAACCUCAUCCUAAAAACUGUGAAUGUAAAACGUGUAGAUGCGAUCCCUGUGAAGAUCCGUGCCAGUAUACAAGCAACGCGUUCUCAAAGAAGAAGAACUACGAUAAUUUAAUAUGUCCUACCAGAGAACAAUGUAGAAUAAAUAAAAUUGAAGGUGGCAGUCGAAUUAAAAAAUCUCGAAUUAGUAUUGAAGACGUAUUCAAACCUACAUACAAAAAAGAACCGGAAGCAACAGACAUUUUCAGUUCUGGGCAUCGCUUAGAUUGUGAAUGCAUCGACUGCUUGUGUACGCCCGUUAUAAGGGAUCUUUGUUCAACAAGACAACUUCAAGUCCGAGACGAAAAACAAAUUUAUCAAGUGUCUACGAUAAAAUGUGUAUGUCCGAAUUCACUCAAAGGAUCCAAAAUUCCUGUGUCUACAAACCCGGCAGUACCGAAAGUGAAAUCUUCGUUAAUAUCUUGUACUUGUGAUCCGUGUCAAUGUUCUCCAUGCAGCGAUCCCAAUAGAGGAAAGGGUACUAGUAAAGAACCUGAUGGUUCAGAGGAAAAAGAUGAUGUGCCGACAACUGACGAAAUUUUGAAGAUGAGUCCGGAAGAUUUGAAAGAUCUAUGCGAGUGCGACCCUUGUGUUUGUGAAAUUUGUUUUAGCAAACCUAACAAAGCUGGAGCCGAAGAUGCUGUUGCUGAUAGUUCACCGUGCUGUUGCAAACCAGGCUGCCAAUGUGAACUGUGUCAAGUCGAAGAAAUGAAAAAACAAAUAGAAACACUGAGAAAUGAAAUAGAAGCUUUAAAACCACCCAAAAGAAUUCGAGCUCCCGGACAACCCGAAGAUUGUAAUUGUGAAAUUUGCAUAUGUGCGAAUGAAGUUCUAAAUGAUCAUCCCGAUGACUGUGAUUGCGAGAUAUGUCAAUGUCCGGAAGGACCAAACAAAGGCGCCACUCCUAUCGUCGAAGGUGUAGCCACUGACAGACCCGAUCUUCCACCAGAUUGCGAUUGUGAGAUCUGUGAUUGCCCAUUUAGUCCUUUGAAGACUAAAGCAAGGCCUGGCCAUCCACCGGAUUGUGAUUGCGAAAUUUGUGCAUGUCCUCUUGCUCCUGAGGCUGGAGACGGUUGCACUUGCGGCGACUAUUGUACCUGUCCCGGAGCACCAAAAACGCCUAAAAAAGAAAUGCAAGGUUGUACUUGCAAACCGAUAUGCCUCUGUCCAGGAGGACCAAUUCCAAUGUGCGAAUGCCAACCGGAGUGCUUCUGCAGCCCGUGUUCUGAUCCAAGAAAAAGGGCACAAGUCAGAUGCGCAUGCGAUUGUGAUCCUUGCGAAUGCUCACCUUGUCCUGAUCCUGCUAAAAAUGCCAAGCCUACAGAUGAUUUACACUUGCCAGACUGUACCUGUCCAAAAUGUGAAUGCGCCGGUGAUACGGAACCUCAACCACAACCAGACGGUUGCGUAUGCGCUGUCUGCAAAUGUGAAGAAGAGGAUACUAAAGUUGACACAGCCAUUCAAUGCGAUUGUGUUGAGUGUAAAUGUGGAGAAGAUGAAUCCGUCGCCGAUCACGGUGACGAUUGUAUAUGUGAUAUUUGUAAAUGUUCCCCCGAAGACGAUUUCACUCAUCCGGAUGGUUGCACUUGUGAUAUUUGUAAUUGUUCACCGCAAGAUGAACCAACGCAUCCGGAAGGUUGUAUCUGCGAUAUCUGCGAAUGUAAACCGGAAGAACCGGCGCCGACGUCGGAAUGCAUUUGCCCCGAUCCGUGCAAAUGUGAUGAAGAACAACAAACCUCGCCACCCGGCUUAAAAGAAUGUACUUGUGGGGAUGUUUGCGUUUGUGAUCAAGGCGAUACUGCUGAUGCUAAGGUACAAGAGACAGGCACCCAUGCGAAAGAAUGUAAAUGUCCGGAAUGUAUUUGUGCGGAAGGCGGCGAUUUUUCCGAUGCCGGCGGAAAGUGCGCGUGCAAUCCCUGCGCAUGUCCUGAAUGUUAUUACAAAUCUAUAAGCAGUGAUACCAAAGAAUGUCAAUGUACUGACUGCACCUGCAUUGAUUGUUCUGAUCCAAAUAAAGAAGGUGACGGUAGAACGUGUAAAUGUCCAGAUUGCAAAUGCGAACCUUGUUUAACUGGUGUCCAACCGUCGUUAAAAUGUAAAUGCGGAGUUUGUACUUGCAUCGAAUGUGAAGGAGUCGACGUCGGUACCACCACUCAACCAUCAACAGAAAAAGAAAAAAUAGUUGCCGGACCGAUUCCGAAAGAUCGUAGUUGCCAUUGCAUCGAAUGUUAUUGCGAUGACUGUAAUAACGAAAAGAAACAAGGUUCCAAAGCCCGACCUGAGAUAGUAAUAAAGAUAAGUCCCGUCAAAAAACCCGCCACAACUGAAACAGGCAAAGGCGAAACCGAAUGUACAUGUCUCAACUGCGUUUGUUGCGAAUGCGCAAAUAAAGAUGCGAGCGGUCGAGGUGAAGGGGCGACCGGGACGGAAAUACACGGUGCCGAUUGUAAAUGUCCAACUUGUACUUGUAUCAGUUGUGCCGAAUCUGAACCAAAAGUUAAAGAUGCCGAAUGUCAUUGUAGUACUUGUCAAUGCGUGGAUUGCACGUCGAAACCCACCGAAGAUCACGGGGAUAACUGUAAAUGUCCGACAUGUACUUGUGUCACUUGUCAAGAUAUACCUCCAAUCACAAAAGAUGCUGAAUGUCACUGCAGCACUUGUCAAUGUCCAGAAUGCUCAACCAAGACGGCUGAAACGCAUCCGUUAGAUUGUAAAUGUCCCACUUGUACUUGUAACGUGUGUGACGACAUUCCACCAUUAAAAAAGGACGUAGAAUGCCACUGUACCACGUGUGUAUGCCCAGAAUGUAACGACAAAGGCGUCAAAGACGACAAUAAAGGAGAUUCAGAGCCUCCACCGUUCGAAGUACCUAAAAAAAUUGAUUGCGAUUGCAAAACAUGCAGUUGUAUAAUAUGUUCUUCGAAAGCAGCAGGCGGGGAUCCCAAACAAGCAUCGUCGACUAAUGCAGAAACAUUUCAAAUACCGGAACGCAUACCUUGCGCAUGCCAAGAAUGUACCUGUCCGCUUUGUAAUACGGAAGGUCACGGUCAAGAUCAAAAUGGAGGCAAACAAGUUGCGGCUCAGUUUCAGGUACCAGAACGUCUCCCUUGCAUAUGUAAAAACUGUACUUGUUGUAUUUGUAGCAAACAAGCUGAUGAAAAAGGCCGAAGUGGCAACGAAGUUGAAAAUUUUCAAGUACCAGAACGAAUGCCUUGUGACUGUGAAAAUUGUACUUGUAUUGAUUGUAAAAGAAGCGAGGGAGGAGGAUCCAAGAAUCGACCAACAAAGGACCAACCGAGUGAAGGAGGUAACAUAGAAAAUCAACCACGUGGUGGUGGUUUUGAAAAACCAACUAAAAUGCCGUGCUUUUGCAACACAUGUAUAUGUGUCGCUUGUAAAUUGGGAGGUGGUAGUAAAAUACAGAGUUCGGCACCACAAGGUGACAUAUUCGAAAUACCAGUGCGUUUACCAUGCCAAUGCGGUGAUCCGUGCAAAUGUAUUAUUUGCAAUAAUAAACCCGUACAAGAUGCGUCAGCACCUACAGUAACAAUUAAAUCUUCUAAUAUACCAACUACUAGACCCAGAUCAGCUCCUGGUGGAAUAGCGACGGAACCCUGCGAUUGUAGAAAGUUAUCGUCAAUUUAUAAGUGCAAAGAGUGCACAACGGAAAAUCAAAGUCAAGUUAGCACCAAAGUGGCUACCGAUCAACAAACAACAUUCGCAGGACAAGCUCCCAAUACGUCUACCAAAUAUUCCGCGUGUACCUGUGUCUCAUGUCCAGAUACGAGUUUAAACAUGGAACAAAAAAAUUUAAAAUGUGUUUGUGCAAAUUGUUGUGCUUGUGAUAAUGUUAAUUUGUCGACUAUGGAUAACGCUACUUUAGCUAAAAAAAUAGCAUCAGAUGCUAGAGAAAAUUGCGCUUGUAAAGAACAAAUAAAAGAAAUUAAAUCGGCAUUGAACAGUAUUAAAUCUGCUUGCACCGACGCCGAAAAGAAAGCCAUGAAGAAACCUUUGAUAAAGCAAGCGUCGGAUUUCAAUCAAACCAUGUCAGGAUUAAAAUUGGCUCUAAUUAAUCUACAAGAAAAAUGUAAAGCCAAAGACAAGAUGAUUUACGUGAUGAUUGGAGAAUUGAAAAACCGUGCCAACAGCCAAACGGUAAUGAACGUUUUAAACACUUGUACUGGAGAUGCGCCAGAUUACGAUCGAGCCGACGACGUCAAAGAAAAAAUCGGUAAUAAUCACCUCGACCCCGUAAGCGAAGAAAAAAACACGUUCGACGAAAAAAUUGCGAAAGCCGUAGAAACAGAACGCAGCAAUAAAAAAAAGAAAUGCAAACCCUGCAAAUGCGGAAAAGUUCAUAAAAAUAAAAACAAUAAAAACGUCGAUUUGACGGGUUUCGAAGUAGUCGAUAUUAGGAAGAUAACAUACGACAGUAUUAUCAUAAAAUGGAAACCACCGAAGAGCAAUCUGAUUACCGGCUAUGAUAUUUUCAUAAACGGAAUUAAUAAAUCGAAAGUGAUGAGUGGCGGUAGGACUAGCGCUAUGAUAGACUCUAUAGAUCUUUCCUCUACCAUUCAAAUAACUAUAUACGCCGUAACUAAAUGCGGAAGGUGCGAACCUCCCGCAAUAGCAAUAUACGAAAUUGUAUCUCGAGGGUAAACGUCUUUUCAACAUCUACAAUAAUUGACAUGAUUGUUCUGAAUAUUCUGAAAAUAAAUUUGUAUUUUGUGCACAA